GGAAACACUGCUGUACAGAGUGCUGCGGCUAAGAGCAGCAGUAAAAGGGUUACAGUUAGGUGGGCGGAGUUACAGAAGGAACUAGUGCAAUGGGGAUGGCAGAGACUUUGGCAUUAUGGGAAAUGUAGUCUUGUAGGUGUUGCAGCUCUCUUGAGGGACAUAACACACAGCUGCUGCAGAUUCUUGCAAACAGGACUGCACACAAAGAAUAAGAGAAGUCGCAGUAGAUCUGGAGAUACAGCCCCAGGGAGAAACUUCUCAGCGUGAAGAAGAGGAGGGCGGGAAGGGUUAACACGAGAGCAGAGCGGAGGAGAAUGGAAUGACAAAGGAAGCGGCUGCAAGGAGCACAUGUGGAGUACAGCAAAGUGACAGCAAACAGAAGGGGGUGGGCAGGAAGCAGCUGGCACCCAAUGAGAUCUACCCGGAAGUGUCCAGAACACGCUCUGCACUGUGAUCGUACACCGAGCUGCAGUCAGCAGGCAUGGCAUUCCCAAAAAAGAGAAGAUUUGACAAGACGGAGCAAGACAACGAGUAUUUCCAGUGUUACUCAGACAUCACCGUCCAUGAGGAGAUGCUCUCCGACACCGUUCGCACGCACGCCUAUAGGGUGGCUAUAUCCCGCAAUCACAGCGCCUUACUUGGCAAAACCGUACUAGAUGUGGGUGCCGGCACUGGCAUCCUCAGUAUCUUCUGCGCCCAGGCCGGUGCUAGUAAAGUGUACGCGGUAGAAGCCAGCGCGGUGUCACAGUUGGCAUGUGAGGUGGUGAAGGCCAACAAGCUGGAAGGACAAGUGGAGGUGAUCAACAGUGCGGUGGAGAACGCGGAGAUACCCGGGCAGGUGGACGCCAUCGUGAGCGAAUGGAUGGGGUACGGCCUCAUGUACGAGUCCAUGCUGAGCUCCGUCCUGUACGCCCGGGACCGAUGGCUGAAGCCUGGCGGGCUCAUUUUCCCCUCCUGCGCCCAUCUGUUCAUUGCCCCCGUGAAUGACGCCACCGUGGAGAGCCGCUUGGACUUUUGGAGCGAAGUGAAAGACAUGUAUGGAGUGGACAUGAGCUGCGUACAGUCUUUUGCCAGGAAAUGCAUCAUGGGUAAAGACCUGGCCGUCUCUUCAGUAUACCUCGAGCAUGUGCUCUCGCACCCCGUAAAGUUUGCCGCUCUAGAUCUGGGCAGUGCCACCUUGGAGGACAUUGGGAACAUUGCAGGUUCCUUCCAGUUCUGCUGCUUCGGCUCCUCUUUAAUGCACGGAUUUGCUAUCUGGUUUUCAGUGACGUUUCCAGGAGAAAGCAGCAUCACCUUGUCUACGUCGCCAUACGGUGAGGAAACCCAUUGGAAACAGACCAUCCUAUACCUGGACGAGGAGGUUCAGGUAGAACAGGACACGAAGGUCCGGGGGGACAUCACAAUGUCACCUGCAGAAAACAACCCCCGACAUUUAAGUGUUACCCUGAACUACUCCAUUGGAGGAGGAACCUGCAGGACUAAGGUUUUCCAUAUGGGGAGUUAAGGCCGGAGAUGUUUACAUUGGGAAGGACUUUAUUUUUUUGUCUUAAUUAAAGCAUAUUCAAUAGCA